AUGAUAUCUGUGAGUGUGACUCUGUCUCCAUUCCCUUCAUCCUGUUCAGAUGUGAACGAGUGCAGGCGUCUGCCAGCAGUGUGUCCUCACACUCGUCCGGUGUGCACCAACACAUACGGACACUAUAAGUGCAGCUCAAAGAAGAGAUGUGUUGAGGGCUAUAAGCCCAGCAGGGACGGCCGAGCGUGUGUGGCUGUGUCCUCCCGGUACGACAGCAGUGUCUCUUCCUCUCCUGUCUGUCCUGGUUUUCCUCUUCCUGAACUUCUCCUGGUCUCAGUGCUGAGUGUCUCUGGAGGUCUGUCUCUGUGUCGUUGAGUCUCUGUAGGUUUUCUGUUCUGGUCCGACUCACUG